AUGAUAAAUUUUAAUAGUAAGGUGUGUAAAUUGAUAUUAAUGAGACAUAGAAUAGUGCCUUUGUUUCAUUUUUUAAAAAAAGAUUUUCUUAAGAAUGAUAUAAAAUGUUUUUGUUAUAAUAGUAAGAAUAAAAAAUAUGAAAAAAUAAAAAAAGAGAAGAAGCAUACGGAUGUUACUUCUAGCCUUUUUCUGGAGACAGAAAUUUUUUUUGAACAUAAAGAUAUUUUUUACAGAGGUAUUAAUAUUCGUGACCUUUGCACGUACGGAAAUUUUGAAGAAACCAUAUACUUAUUUCUUUAUAAAAAACUUCCCAAUAUAAAAGAAUUAGAAGAAAAAAGAAAUAUUUUUAUGAAUUCUUUAAAGUUAUUAGACGAAAAAAGAAUAUUUGAAAUGCAUAAUAAUGUUUCAAAUGGUAAUUUAUUAGAAUUAUUAAGAAUUUAUUUUAUUCAUUCUUCACAGGAUAAAAAUAAAAAAGGUUUUAUUGAUAUAAAUACAUGUUAUUAUGAAAUAUUGGCUAGCUAUUUAAAAUUAAUAAAUCCAAAAUAUUCUUUAGAAAAUUAUAAAAAUGUUAAUAUUGAUCAUAAAAUAUAUACAAAUGAUUUUUUUUGUUCUUGUCUUUUUUUGAAUUGUUGUUUAAAAUUAAAUUAUAUUAAAAAAAAUAUACAAGAAAAAAAUGAUAAAAGUAAUAUGGAUAAUAUAUAUAAGAAUCAUCAUAUAAAUAAUUCCAUACAAAGUAAUGAAGCUAUUUGCAAGGAUCCUUCAGUUAAUUAUGAUAUAUAUAGUAUAAAACUUAUAAGCAGUGUUUUGAUUAUAUUAUGUGAUAAUAAUAUUAAUGAAUCAACAUUUUUAAUAAGAAUGAUAAGUAAUAUGUGUAAAAAUUAUUUUAAUAUAUGUAUAUCUAUGAUAACAUUUUAUAUAGAUAUAUUUAAAGAAAUAAAUUUACAUACAUCAUUACAAUAUUUUUUAAAUUUUAAAAUAUAUGAAAAUGAAAAUGAAAAUGAAAAUAAAAAUAUAAUAUAUGAUGAUGAUAUUCCACAAAAUUAUUUAAAUUUCUUUUUCCAUAAAAAUAAUAAUUUUAAUAAAAAAAAUAAUAUUCUCAAAAAAUAUAUUGAAGAUUAUUGUAACCUAACAUCACAACAUAAUAUAAAUAUUUUAUAUAAUUUUAUAGAUGUUGAAAAUUAUUUUUUAAAACAUAAAAAUUUAUAUCCAACAUUAUAUUAUUAUACUUUAUUAGUAUUUCAUAUAUUAAAUAUACCAUUAGAUUAUUAUCCAUCCUUUUAUUUCAUAUCACGAUUACUUAGUUUUACAGCUCAUAUAAAUGAACAAAAAGAAAAUAAUAAAAUUGUAAAAUAUGCGGGUGUAUAUGUGGGAAACCCAACAAGGAAAUAUGUGGACAUUCAAAAGAGGUAG